ACAUUCAUUUGCAGAACCAUACAGCAGUGGCGAGUGCUGUGGCAGCUUUACAAGCCACAAACAAAGAUAAAUAUCCAGACCAUGACUGCAUACUUCACGGGUACCUUCAUUUUGAAGCUCUUUCAGCACAUGAGUAUUCAUUCUCUUGUGCGAGUUGUGGAAACCAUCCUCCUGUUGUCAUCAUGGAUUUGCAUAAGAAGGGAGUCCUCAGCGUUCCAAUGAGUGACCUUAAAGAGCCCCCAUCUGACUUUAAUGGUGAGGUUGACAUGGAAGACUUUUGGCAUUCUGUCAGCCAGGAAAUUAUUUGCAGAGGCUUUGUGAAGAGCAAUGCUGCAAAUCCGUGUGUGGUAUCUCCAUCAUAUCACAAAUGGGCACCAUGGAUAGGUCCUCACACCAGAGCCAGCAAUAUGGUGUUUAACAAGGAAUACAAGAAGGUCAAAGGCAGUGAAGGAUCCAACCCGCUAAAGCAGGCAGAGGUGGAUAGAUUGACAACUGAAGUAAUGGACUUAAAGGUUGAUUUACUUCGGACUUUAGUAAAACAGUGUGGCCUUGAUUCAUCUGGAUCAAAAAUGGAUCUUAUCAUCCGCUUGAGAGAACAGAUGAAAGGCCGCAGUACCUAUGACAAGGUGUUUCAGAAUGUCUGGGGUGCAUCAGGUGGCUGGGCUGUGAUAAUGUGUCCCUGUGGUGUUGUGAGUUCAGUGAAGUUCAAUAUCCGAGCAGAAAGUCCACAGGAUUAUGCAGACAUGCUGCUCUCCUUCAAACACCUGCCAAAUGUAGUCAUGGCCUCACCUCAAAUUCUGGACUCCGCCAAGAAGUUUGAAAUGGAAAAAAAACUGCCCUGGCUAAAAUUGCGGAAGAGGCCUGCAGACAUAAAUGCACACCCAGGCACAGGAUCUGCAGAUCACUAUGCACUAUAUGACACAUUUCAUGAGGCAAACAUGAAAGACCUAAAAGACUGCCUCAGAAAAGUUGGUCUUGUCCCAGAAAUCCGUGGAUGGGUGAAUUCCCAAACAGCGGAACAAUUGUUCUCCAAAAUGAGGAAAAACAAUCAUUUUCUGAGCACGAUGUCCCCAGGAAGCCAUGUCUUUCUCAUGAGAUGUAUGAUUCAUCAUCAUAAUCUGACAAUCAAUGAGAAGACACUAACAGGUCUUCAGGAAAUAUCGACCGAGGACAUUGCCACAGACAGGGCUGGACUGGGACCAGAAAAUAACCCUGGCAUUUUAGGCUUUGGCGGCUCAUCAUGAUUAUUUAACUACAUGCGGGGGCACAUGACAUGUGAAAUACAUGACAUGUUGAAAAAUGUCGAUCAAACCUGGAAUUCAUGAUGUCUUUUAAGUUUUAAUGGGUUUUUUGGGGUUUUUUUUGUCAAAUGGAGCACAGAAACCAGAAAAUAUUCACAUUCAAGACAUGUUUGUAUUACAGUAACGCUAAUUAAAUUCAGUGUCAUUGAUAUUGUUGAAUGGCCAAAUAAAUACAAGGAAUAAAAUGUAAUAGAUGACAUUAAAACAUUAAGCAUUUGUUGCAAUUGACAACUUUAUUUAACGAUCUAGUAUUAGCAACUUUUGAGAGUUAGGACAUUUUGUCUGGGUCUUGUGUUUAUCUCAUUAAUAAUUCACGUAACAAACAUGGAGGCAUCACAUUCAUGUUCAACUGGAAGGAUAAAAUGAUUGUAAAACAAUGUUUUCUUCCUUUAACUCGAGGUUCGAUCAUCAUGAUUCUGAGUUUCUACUUGAUACAAAAGCAGAAAAGUGUAAAUGUGAGUCACAGGAACAAUGUUAAUGUAGUCACUUAUUUCGGUCUGAAUAAAUAAGUGAAGGACAGAAGCGAUUAGUUUCUUUAA